CAGUUAGUUUGGGGAAAGAAACUCCCCAAGCUUCCAGUCCAUGAGAUCUGCCUGUACUGCUGUAUGGUUAGACCAAGAGGCAACCCUGUUAUGACUUGAUGAUGAUGGACACACACACUUUUCCCGCCACAGCAGUUAUUCCCAUCUCCUCCAGUCUUCAGUGAAAUUGACAAGUCAGUCUAGGGCUAGCGGGAAAGAUGGCGGCGCCUACAGUCGAGGAAGCCGUAUGGAAUCGACUGGAUGUGCCGUGGCCCGCAUGCAGCGCUACGGUAGCCGUGCCAGCCCAACACGGUUCAGUGAGAUGCCUUUCAGCUGUAAUGAAGGGGUGUCAUGUUGUCAGAAACAUUCUAAAAAGCAAAGCUGUUACUGCAGAACAGAGACUCCUGCAUUCAAUAUUAUAUAGCUUUCACUAUCAGAUGAGGAGUCAUCGUCCUUAUCGCUCUCUCAAACAGGUAGAACAGUGUUUGAAGCAUUUACAUCUAAUGAAUCUGGAGAAGUCAGUUCAAAAUCUUGUUCAGUUGGACCCCAUGAAACUGAAAUCUGAAAAUCUCAAGGAGUCCUUGGUUCCCAGCCAACCUGUGAUAGAAGUGGUACUGGUGAAGAUUUUGGGUGGCUGCAAGCUCUUGCUACGUCUGUUUGAAUGUUGCUGCACAGCUUUUCUUCUGACUGUUAAACACCUGUGUUUGGAAGAAUACAUUCUGUUUAAUACCGUGGUCCUGGGAUUGCUGAGCCGAUUAUGGAUUCUCUAUAGAGGUGUGUUAAAAAGCCUUAGCUCUUUAUAUGAGAGCCUGUUUGAAUUGCUCCAGGAAGUUUCAAAGAUUGAACCACGGCCUUAUAUUAAAGGAUUUGCCUUUCCUUCUGAAAUAAAUGAAUUUCUGGGAACCACUUAUUCAGAGAUCAAGGAGAAAAUGCCCAAGGCAUUUGUAACAAAAAAGGCCGAGUGGAUGAAUAAACUGUUCCCAGGAGGCAAGACCACAUUGCAGACGCGGGCUUUGGUGAGGACUGCAGCUCCUACUAGAGCCAGAAAGAAGACAAUGAGUGCCCGGAACAUCACUGAUAUUGGGAAGCCAGUUCUGGCAAAGAGAACUAACCAAGAUCUUGGAAAGGAGUGGAAGUUUGAUGUCAAAACCUUAUUUAGGUCUCCUAAUCCUGCAUCACAGGAGAGUUCCCAAUUUCGGGGAAAGCUUUCUGAAUCAAAGAGAUCCACAUCCGUUCCCCCUAAAUCGCAGAGACUUCAGCAUCUUAAAACGUUUGUGUCCAGUUUUCGAGAAGCACACUCAUUUGGAGAUCUGUCUGAUGCACUCAGAACAACAAUUCUUUGGUGCAAAAGCAAUAAGCUUGGACCAGAAGCUUUUUUCCUGGGAAUGAAGCUUUUGAAAACCAGGCGACUGCAGCAUGUGGAAGCACAGGGUUGGAGGUUGCAGAGAAAACUAGGCUGUGUUAAAGCUACUAUCUGUAAGUACCUCAGGAUCUCAAGCUGCAGACGGAGGCCACACAAAGUACUUAGACCCUGCAAACAGAGACGGAUCAAACUCCCAGGAUGCGUUUCAAAGAGAAUACAGAGAAAUACGUGCGUAAACAGAGAUGCAAACUGCAGGACUGCCCUUCCUCAGAGGUCUGAACACUUGUCUAAAGCGAGGAAAAUUGAUAUCGGUUCUACUACAAUUGCUAAACCUGAAGAAGAGAGGGAUGCUUCUAGACCUCUGGUGUUGCCUGCCUCUAUACAGAAGGAAGCUCUCGAGAGCAAAGAUGAUAUAGAUGACAUUUUUGGAGCAAUAGGUUUAUAAAUGCUGUAUUAAAUUAGAUAUAAACUGUG